GGUACUUUUUCGGAUAUGCUCGGUUCUUUCCGUCGGCUUCCUUAGUAUCAAAUCUCAACAAAUAUGGCGAUCAGUACGGUUUACAGUGCUAAAUUUACAGCCUUUAUUUUAAUCAUAUUAUGUACAGAGACACAUAUAUUCGCUUCAGAAGAUGAUAUAUACCAUAUUGAAGCAAAUCAGGACGUGUCCAAAUUCCAAGAAAUAUCUGUGAUAAAAUAUGAACGUUCUCGUCAGAAACGACAGACUGGUGGUUCUUCAAACAUGACCACCGCAGGAACACCCACAACUACUCCAAAUUUACUUGAUUAUAAUAUCCAGCAUGAUGACCAUUCAUAUUAUGAGUCUUUAAUGUUUAAACCAUUGGACCUGAAUGAGUUCUGGGUUGAACUGAAGGAUGUUACUGGACAUUCAACAUUGUCAGACAGUCAUAGAACAGCUGUGACAGCAAAGUUGCCUUUUCGUUUUCCAUUUUAUGGACAUUUGAUAGACAACGUUACCAUAGCAACAGGAGGCUUCCUGUAUAUGAGUCCGUUCUUACACCAAUGGCUUACUGCAACACAGUAUAUUGCGCCAUUGAUGGCAAACUUUGAUACUAGGGUUGGAAAUACCUCAGAAGUAUUCUAUUCCAGUAUGGACAAAAAAUUUGUUGUUGAAUGGCGAGAUGUACAUCUACAGGACCAAAACGGUAGGUCCGAUGAAGGCACGGGGUCUUUCCAGUUCCAAGCUAUACUUCAUAUGAAUGGAUCUAUUGCUUUUGUUUAUAAACAGCUCCCUAUUCCAAUAGUGAAUAUAAGCUCAAGCGCACAUCCUGUCAAGAUUGGCUUGUCUGACGCUUUCUAUUUUGAUACAACAGCUUUUGGUAUGAAAAAAUCUUGUCUGCUCUUUCUAGCAUUACUUAAGCCUCAAUUUGGUUUGAAUGGAAUCAUCUUUCUAUGCAAAUUACUUGAGCCUCAAUUUGGUAUAUUUGUGCCAUUCGUAGCAUUACUUGAGCCUCAACACCUUGCAGUGUGUAUGAUUCUUGUUUUGUUUUUCUUUAUUUCAGCGUGUAACAGAUUUUCUGAUUGUGAAAGCUGUGUAUCAGCAAAGAUAGAUUUUAAAUGUAGAUGGUGUGGUAUAAUAAAUAGAUGUAGUGACAGCGUGGACUGGCACAGGCAGAAGUGGCUAAACGCUGGCUGCGUACAUCUCUCUGUUGCUGACAAUGAAACAUGCAGUCAGGUGCUCAAUACAACAACAACAACGAUAUCCACUACCAACAGUACAUCAGGGAACCUAUCCACUACUACUGCUACUUAUAGCACCACAACUGGAUCAAAAACGCAGCCAAAGACCGAGACCACAAAGUCUAUACCAAACAUAAUAACAAUUUAUCCAUGUCCAAAAGGGUCAGGAGUAGGUAACUGUUCAGCCAUUCCAACUGCGAAACCCCCGACAACAGAGAAACAAUCCAGUGAAAAGCCGUAUAUGAAAGGGCAAGAUUCCAGCAGUGUUGGUAAACAAGUUGGUGUUAUUGUUGUUGUUGUUGUGAUCGUCCUAGUACUUGUUGGAGCAAUCGGCGGCUGGGUAUACUACGCCUACACUCACCCAACAUCAGCAUCUGGAAUGUGGCUGAUGGAGCAUCGCCCAAGUCAAAUGAAGGCAAAGAUGUCCAAUAUGAAAUUCUGGAAGAGAAACGGCACGGCGGGGGACAAAUAUGCUGUCGAGUCAACAGCAUAACAGAGGCCUCUGGUGUAUGGUGGACUUUGUGAGACUAAAGAAUCAACUUUGCAUUCUAGACAUGACUGUUAAUUCUUGGAAAUAAUGGAAACAUGACUGUUAAUUAUUGGAAAUAAUGGUGUCUUAUGGAUAACUUUUGGUGUUUUUGAUAAAGAAAAAAAAUGUUUUUACAAUAGGAAAGUUAAUGUUACACAGCAUACAGAAAAAAUACAAAUGUAGCCUUUGAAAUAUUUUUUUUUAGCUAGUUUCAUAUUUGAAUGUAAGAAUUGGCAGUAUUUUGUAUAAGUUUGAUAAUUUAACUCCUGAUUGCCCACCAUACUUUUUGUAUUAAAACAAAAGAGUCUGUAUCAUUACAUUUAUAAACCCUUAUGCUGCAGGAUCAAACCUGAAAAUUCUCAUCACAACAUAUGAUCAUUUUAUAUCUCACUCAUAUUUCUUAUAUUUGAUAUUUAAAAUGCCAGGACUGGGUUUACAGCUCCAGGAAUAAUAAUCGGGGUUAAAAUUCCAGGGAUAGGUAUAAAACUUGAGGAUUGAGCACUUAAUUUGGGAUUUUAAGCUCUUAAUUUGGGUAUAAAGCUCAAGAAUUUGUAUAUAAAGCUCUAAAAUAAUGGUUUAAAGCUCAAACAUUGGGGUAUAAAGCUCAGAAAUGUAGGUUCAACACUCCAAAUUUGGGUAUUAGGCUAAAGCAUUGGAUUAUAAUGCUCUAAACUCUGGUAUAAAAGCUCAGGGCUUUGGAUAUGAAAGAGCUUUUUUUAUCGGUGAUACCAGGGAUCAGAUACCAGUGGUUGUGAACAUAUUUUUGAGAUUCUAUACUAUUCUGAUAGUGAAUAAAAACAAAUUUUAGAAAGAAUUUUUUAUACCCAUGUCUGCAGCAGCAUAUUUAAAAAAAAAAAAGAUUAUGUCAUAUCAUCCACAUUAAACAUUUUUUUUUGUAAUUUAUGAAAUAUUUUGAAGUUACUUGGUACUUUGUGUACUUUGAUAAUUUUAACCAAAAAAAAAAUUGUCACAAAGAAAAAAAAAAGAAAUUAAGGGCAAGGCAUAAACACAGCAUUGUUUUGUAUUGGCCUAAACAAGUUAUUAUGGAGAUUAUUUUGUAAAAAGGAGGAAAGGAUCCAUAUAAUGAAAGUCCGGAUUUUUAUAUAGUUACAUGUAUUUUUUGGAGUUUGGUAUUUUCUGUAUGACGUUGUACCUUUUUCGUCUUUUUUAUCUACAGUGACAUAAAAUUGACACUUGCUUGUAGACCGAGAUAAACUUCUUUAGAAAGAAAAUACAGUCAAACUUUGUUCGCUCAAACUCUGAUUAUUUGAAGACCACCCUUUGCUUGAACGCUUCAUCAGGUCUGAGCAAAAACCCUUUUUUUCCUGAUUGAUGGCUAGAACUGCUUGUUCUAGACAAAACUUGUUGGUCCUAUCGAGUUAGAGCAAAUGAAGUUUGCCUGUAUAUGGUUUUUUUUUAUAAAAGCUUUGAUAUUUAUAUUACAGUUAGAAUAUUAAUUUAUUUUUUUCCAAGUGAAAUUUUGUUAGAAUUUAAUAUAAGAAAAUUAGAAAACUUUUUGGAUGUUUUUCUGUUAAAUAAGGAAGUUAAUUUUCCAUAAAGUAAGAAAGUCCUAGCCCUACUGUCACCACAAUGAUCACUUAUAUGUGCAAAACAAAACAUAAAAUGGCUUUCAUUGGCUUAGGAGGUGUACAAAGUGCCUCAAUACUUUGUGGAGUUUUGACGUGUUUUAAACUUUCCUCUGUUCAAGUAGAUAAUAAAGCCAAGACUAGCUGUGUAAAUAUCUCUUCAUACCUCAAAAGUGCAUCAAUAUCUGAACCAUUCCAGGGACACAUAUAAAAGAUAUUUUGUUUGGCAGUGAGUUAGAAUUUUUUUUUUCUUGAUGAAAGUAACAUUCUUUAAGCAAACACUUCUUGUUUUGGAAAGUGGAAUGAAAAAUUCCUGGUCUGCAAUUUGAAUUUGAAAUGAAAAUUUACUGAUUGAUGUGUGAUUUGGAAGUAAAUUUAAGAUAUCAGAAAAUUAGAACCAGUCUGCAGCAGUAAAAUAUCUUUUAAAUGUAUACCAGUCUAUGUUAAUGUUCAUUGUUCAUUGCUUUGUAUGUUCAUGUUUUUCAAGCUAGCUUUUUUGUAUGGUCUGUGUGUACCUGUUAAUGAAGAAAUAUGAGCCACGCCAUGAGAAAACCAACAUACUGCAUUUGCGACCAGCAUGGAUCCAGACCAGCCUGGGCAUCCGCGCAGUCUGGUCAGGAUCCAUGAUGUUCGCUUUUAAAGCGUUUUGCAAGUAGAGAAACCAUUAGCGGACAACAUGAAACCUGACCAGACUGCGCGGAUGGGCAGGAUGGUCUGGAUCCAUGCUGGUCGCAAACGCAGUAUGUUGGUUUUCUCAUGGUGCGGCUAAUAUAACUAUGAUAUGUAAACAUUUAUACCCUACCCACACCAGCUAGACUGGAAAUGUUUAUUUUCUUUAUUUUAAUUACCAUAGAUACUCAAGUAGAAUAGAUUACAUAAUUGCAUAUAGAAAAAAAAGAGUAAAAAGACUUACCUGAAAACUUCCCUUAUCUGCCUGAGUACGGCAUGUUUGAUAAUGAAGCAUUUCCUUCACAUGUAACCCUCACCUUUUCUAUAAUGAACUUGUCCAUCUUUCAAUUCCGACAGUACCAUUAGCUGUUAAAAGGGGUGCUUACCAGAUACUGACUGAAUGGCGAACAGUGCAGAUCAUGAUCAGACUGCAUGGAUGUGCAGACUGAUCAUGAUCUACACCGGUCGCAAAGGCAGAAUCAAUCAUGUCCAGCAUGAUAUGGGUUAAAGUGUGUUGUAUUCAGUAAAUGAAAGUUGAACCUCCCUGCUGUAGUUGAAUGAUCCACCAGGAAGAAGUUUUAUGUACAAUUAAGUCAGCUGUGAGCUUUCUGGCAUACAUGUGUGACAGAGGUUUGGCAGGUAAGGGGAGAUCACUUGGGUAAGAAAAAGUAACUCCGAUAAUGGGGGUAUUAGCAAAAAUGUUUAUGUCUUUACUACUUUGUCCAUGACUAAUUUUGUUACUGUUGACUGCGUUAUCUUUGUUUGUUAUAGAGUUUUUUAGAUAGAGAAUUUUUGUUCCUUUUUUUUUAAAAUCACAUGUUCCUGUUAAGAUAUAAAAGAUGAGAUGUACAAAAGUGGUGGGUAUUUUCCAAAAAGAGAAGACAGGCUUAGUAUAGUCGUAGAUCAAUAUCUUGUCCGGAGGUUUCAAGGAACUGGAAGAAUUUUAAAUUUGAAUUUAAUAUAAAUAAUUUAUAUACACUGAUUUUGUCCGCAUGUUUGAAUAUGUUCGAGUUUAAAAUGGGCAGUACACCUUUGGUGUAUUUGUGCCAUUUUUAUCAAUGCUAUCAGUAGUAUGACAUAAUAAAAUUAUACAUGUAUGAUGUUUUUUAACAAAUAACUUUACAUCUUCCACAUAUCAUGGGAUUGUGUCAUAUAUAAAGAUAUAUCAAAAAAAUUUACCAAAAAUAAAUGUUUUUGUAUCAGAUUUGACCUGAUAAUUGUGAAUUAUUUUGUAGAAGUUUCAAAGCUUAUAUUGUAGUUUUGUUAGAGGCUAAUUUAAAUAAUUUGUUAAGACAUACAUUGUUUUUAAAUGAGAUUUUUCCUGUAAAAAUUGUGUCUUUCAAUGAAAAAAAAAAUCUAUCAACUAGAAAAACUGAUGAUAUGAAGGAAAAGAACUUGAAAACAUGGUUUCAUCCAAUAGAUUUUUUUUUUUAAAGUUUUUUUUAAAACCACAUCAAAUUUAACUUUCUGCACAUUAUAUUUUACAUAAAUGAGCAAGCAUUGUAAAAAAGAAUACAAAAUAAAGCGGCGACUAAAUUGAUUUAAAAAUCAUUAUUUUUGUAGGCAUAAAUAAUUUUUAUAUAAGAAUACUGCUGUGUAAGACUGAUCUGUGUUUUGACGUAGAUAAUUAUGUCUCCCUCCACACAGUGGUGUGGGAGACAUAUUGAUUUACUCCCGUCUGUGUGUCUGUCUGUCUAUCACAAAGCUUGUCCACACUCUAAGUUGAACAUUUCUCAUCAGAUCUUCACCAAACUUGAAUAAAAUGUGUUUGCCAAUAAUUCCUCGGCCAAGUUCGAAAACUAGCCUAAUCGGCCCAGGCACUUCAGAAUUAUGGCCCAUGGAAUAUAAUUAAGGAUAAAGAGUUGUAGACCGGUUACUGUUACUCCAACUUCAACAGAUACCAAUAGGUUGCAAUCAGUAUAUAAAGACAGACUUACUAUUCAGAUGAUUAGGCAGUCGUAGGAGACAUGCGCUUUUCUCAAAAGCACCUCUAGUUUAUUUACAGGUUUGAAAUUGGGAUAAACCUUUUACACAGUUUCGGUGACUGUGCUUUUUAAAGUCAAGCGUUGCUGUCCUGUUGUUGUUAAAUUACUCACAAGUUGUUACCAAUAGUUUUAUUUUUGAUGUACAUGUACAACAGAUGAUCAGAUAUAAAGGUUAUUAAAUACUCUUAAAUGGUACAUUGAAAUUAGAAUUUUACAGAUGUUGUUAAAUUACGCACAAGUUGUUACCAACAGUUUCAUUUUUGAUGUACAAAAUGUGAUCAAAUAUAAAGGUAAAAUACUCUUUAACGGUACAUUGAAAUUAGAAUUUUACUGAUUUUAUUAAAUUACACACAAGUUGUUACCAACAGUUUCAUUUUUGAUGUACAACAUAAUUAUGAUCAAAGGUUAAACACUCCUAAACGGUUCAUCGAAAUUAGAAUUUUA